ACUGUUGAAAACGCAACUGACCGGGAUUUGGGUUUUAACGAAACUGCACUGACCGAUCCUCUGCGUUGACAGCUACGCGUAAAUGCGUAAAAGGGAAGAAAGUCCUUAGAGAGAGGGGCGUUAUUCACUGGAUGCAAGAUAGUAACGAAAUGAAAGGUACAUGUGGAGCUGUGCGGGGCCAUGAGCGGAAUACUGAAGAGGAAAUUUGAGGAGGUGGAGGCGGCAGCGGUGGCGUCUCCGUGCUCGUCCGCGCGUGAGUCCGAUGAUGAGGUGUCCUGCAGUGAAAGCGGGGACAGCAGCGACAGCGUCAACCCCGCAGCCUCGGGCCCAUUCACACCUGGCUCCAUCCUGAAGCGGGAGAAGCGUCUGAGGAACAGGCGUGUGCAGUUUGAGAAUGUCACCGUGUACUACUUCAGUCGGCGCCAGGGCUUCACCAGCGUGCCCAGUCAAGGGGGCAGCACCCUGGGCAUGUCCAGCCGCCACAGCUGGAUCCGACAAUACUCUCUGGGGGAGUUUGCUCUGGAGCAGGAGAGGAUCCACCGAGACAUGCUACGAGACCAUCUCAAAGAGGAGAAGCUUAACUCUAUAAAGCUCAAGCUGACAAAGAACGGCACAGUGGAGUCAGAGGAGGCCAACUCUCUCACGGCCGAGGACAUUUCGGACGAUGACAUUGACCUGGACAACACAGAGGUGGACGAGUACUUCUUCUUGCAGCCACUGACCACUAAGAAGCGUCGUGCCCUGCUGCGUUCAUCCGGGGUCAAAAAGAUCGACGUGGAAGAGAAACAUGAGCUCAGGGCCAUCCGGGUGUCACGCGAGGACUGUGGCUGUGACUGCCGCCUCUUCUGUGACCCUGAGACCUGUGCGUGCAGCCUCGCGGGGAUCAAGUGCCAGGUGGAUCGCAUGUCCUUCCCCUGCGGCUGCACCAAAGAGGGCUGCAGCAACUCCACCGGCCGCGUGGAAUUCAACCCCAUCCGCGUGCGCACUCACUUCCUGCACACCAUAAUGAAGCUGGAGCUGGAGAAGAGCCGCGAGCAACAGCAGCAGCUGGCCACGCCCACCAACGGUUUCCACGGUGACGGCAACAACGGCAACAACACUCUCCUCCAAUCGCAGCACCGGUUGGAGUACACUUUAUCUGACACGGUCCCCCCUCCCGCUGCCAUGCAUCUCCAAGCGACGACGGACGACAUGGACGAAGCCAUCGACGAAGAGGAUGACGAAGAUGAGGAUGAUGAAGAGGAGGAUGAGGAAGAAGAGGAGAACGAUGAAGAUGAAAGUAGCAGCGUUUGUAGCGGACUUUCCGACUCGAGUACGCAAAGUUUAGCCAACAGUGACUCUGAGGAGGAAGACGAGGAUGACGAAGAUGAGCAAAAGACUGAAAACUUUGAGGAAGACUUAUCCAACCAAACUAGCGUCGCACCGCUAACUUCUGUUCUAUGUUACAAUGACGAAAACCACAUUAACGGGAAUUCAUAUUUGAUAAACUCUUCUUCAAACGAGUACUAUCAGCUAGCAAACGCAAUUCCCAACAGCCAAAGUAGCAGCCAAGUUAGCGAACCUUACGGAGAAGCAUUUGCGGAUCAAGCUAGCAACGCGACGCAAUUCAACAUGGCCGCCGAACAGUACACAAACUUUGCAAAUCAAACAGAAGAGCGGUAUUCGACCAACCAGUGUUACAGCCUCACUAACGGGACUCACACAACGGAGCUAACCAAUUACGUGCCAGAUCAAGAAAAGGAAAUAAAGAAUGGUUUCGUAGAGCAGACCGACAAUACAAAUCAUUUCUACCUUAACAAUAAUAGCCAGAGUUCCUAUAGCACGACUUGUUUAGCAUCAGAGCAAACCCAGAAAGAGUGUAAUGGGCAUUCAGAUCUAACCCUGCUCACAAACACUUCUCCGAGCCUCCCUUUACCAGAGCAAUGUCCAGAAGUCACAGCCAUUUAAGAGCUCUUUGUGGUCAGUUUACAUUAAGUGGUAUUUAAAGCAGAUGCGUCAUGGCCUUUUCACAUCGCCAUACCUUAAAAUGAAGG